AGUUGACACCAGCCGGCGCCGGCCUGCCAAUAUAUAGACUAUCGAGAGAGAGAGAGAAAGGCAAACUGAAGGAGUAAAUUAAGAAUGGAGAAAGAGCAGGAAGAAAUGCAGUUCCUGGGAGUGUUGGGCAUCUACACAGAAUCGUACAAAAUCAUCUGGUCAUGCCGCAAGAUCUUCAGCCAAAUAACCCUUUCCCUCAUCCUCCCCCUCUCCUUCGUCUUCCUCGCCCACAUCCAAGUCUCCAAUCUCUUCUUCUACAAGAUCCGCCACGACCAGUUUCUGCAACACAUUACUCCGCCUGGCACCAAAAGGCACGACAAGCUCUCCGACCUCGUCUCCUCCGACUGGGCCCUUUUCUGGCUCUUCAAGUUCCUCUACUUCACCUUCCUCCUCGCCCUCUCCCUCCUCUCCACCGCUGCCGUCGUCUACACCGUUGCCUCCGUCUACACCGCCCGGGAAGUCACCUUCCGGACUGUCAUCGCCGUCGUGCCCAAGGUCUGGAAGCGCCUCAUGCUCACUUUCCUCUGCAGCUACUCCACCCUCUUGCUCUAUAAUGCCGUCGCACUGUUAAUACUGAUUCUUUGGGCCGUAACCCUCGCUUUCACCGUUGCCGGAACGGUGGUUUUCUUCUCGAUUCUGAUCUUGUAUUCGGUUGGGUUCGUGUACAUGACCGUGGUUUGGCAGCUGGCCAGCGUGGUCUCGGUGCUGGAAGAGUUUUAUGGGUUCAGAGCGAUGGUGAAGAGCAAGGAGUUGAUCAAGGGGAAGACGUGGGUCACCGUUGCCAUCUUCUUCAAGCUGAACUUCUCCCUGGUGGCCAUACAUAUACUGUUCCGGAUACUGGUUGUGCAAGCAGAUUCAGUGGGGGUAUUGGGCAGGAUCGGAUUUGGGAUUCUGAGUUUCAUGUUGCUCUGCAAGCUGUUUCUCUUCGGAUUGGUCAUUCAAACAGUGAUCUAUCUGGUCUGCAAAUCACACCACCAUGAGAACAUCGACAAGUCGGCGCUCUCAGAUCAUCUUGAGGUUUAUCUGGGAGAGUACGUUCCAUUGAAGGCCAAGGACGUUCAGCUGGAGCAGUUCCAUGUUUAGAAUCAUUAUAUAUUAUUUUAUAGGACGUUCCGCUUGAGCAGUCCUACAUCACACCGUUGCUCUUCUUUGUGUUGUAUAAUGAUGUUAAUUUGGUAUAUGAAAUUAAGUGGUGUUUUGUAUAUCAUUUUGUAUCUGCCUUUAUACAUGUCAAUAUAUAGAAGGACGCUUGUGUAUGUAAGAGUUGGAGUUUAGUGUCAAAAUAAUGUAUUAUAGAAGAAAAUGGGCACAAGACCCGAAUGCAAAGAAA